ACCACGACUUUAAGACCCAGCCUCUACACAAUGUUGAGUGUUUUCUCUAGGGACAGCUGUGCCACUCAUGUGGAUUUCCUCAUUAGGAGGAGAGAGUUUGAGCCGUGAAUAACGUACAGGGUGUGGAUUGUUGUGUAAGCGCAUUUCAACGUGAAAAAAAGCUCUAACACUUGCGCUGACCUUUUCCAAAGAAGCUAAUUAAUGGUCAGGUGCAAAGAUGAGAAGGAGAAAUUUGCAGACGAUAGCGUUACUUCUGACAGGUGUUGUUUGCCUGGUCAUUAUCAUGAACAAAAACGACUUUGAAAAUGAUGUGACACUAAAGAGCAAAGACGUUCAUGAGAUGCUCCAUCAACAAAAUGAUUUGCCUCACUUCGAAACUUUCCAGCCUUCGUCUUCACAUUGUCGUCGGAAUAUGUCUGCUUAUAAUGUGACUGGAUUUUCUAUUCUGCCAAAUCAUAUCAAAGACUUCCUGCUUUACCGACACUGUAGGAGUUUUCCCAUGCUUCUUGAUGUGCCUAAUAAGUGUGGCGGACCCCAAAACUCUGCAGAUGUCUUCCUUCUGCUGGCCAUCAAGAGUUCUCCAGAGAAUUACGAUCGACGAGAAGUUCUGCGGAAAACAUGGGCUAAGGAUAGACUGCACAAAGGUGUGUGGAUCCGCAGAGUCUUCAUAACCGGAACGAGUAAAACUGGCUUUGAGAAGCGCAGGUUGAAUAAGCUAUUGAAGCUGGAGAACAGUGAGAACCAGGACAUUAUACAGUGGGACUUUGAUGAUUCUUUCUUCAACCUCACACUGAAGCAGAUUCUUUUCUUAGAGUGGAUGGAAAGAUGGUGCCCGCAUGUCAGAUUUCUUUUUAAUGGAGACGAUGAUGUCUUUGCCAAUACGUUUAACAUGGUCGAGUAUCUUCAAGGUCAGAAGGGCAAUGAUGGAAGUAAACAUCUCUUCACUGGGCACCUCAUCCAGAAUGUAGGCCCCAUCAGACAAAGUUCAAGCAAAUACUUUGUUCCGGUGCAAGUACAGAAGUCUGAAAAUUAUCCUCCGUACUGUGGUGGAGGAGGCUUUCUUCUGUCUGGCUUCACGGCCAAAACGAUCUACAACAUGUCUCACUCUAUAGAUCUGCUGCCCAUUGAUGAUGUUUACAUGGGAAUGUGUUUGGAAAAGGCUGGCCUCAAACCUACAUCCCACUUUGGCGUAAGGACCGCUGGUCUGCAUGUCCCCUCUGAGAACGUCGACAAAUUUCACCCUUGCUUUUACAGAGAAAUCAUUUUAGUCCACAGAUUUCUGCCGCACAUGAUUUUUGUGAUGUGGAAUGAGAUACAAAACCCACAUUUGCAAUGUGGAAGGGAAACAUAAUAGCUUGCUGGAAUCAAUAUGAUUAAGUUUAUUUUAAAAUAAUAAGCUCUACAAGAAUCCUUUUCCAAACAUGGUGGAAGUUCUAAAACAUGGUGUAUUUUUGCAAAAUUAUUGCUUUUUGAAAAGUAUGUGAUCUAUUGCACUUUAACAGAAAAGGGUGGUUGAUUCCUUUCUCAUCAAUGGUAGUUAUAGUCUUCGUGAUCUUUAUGUUUAUUUUUAACAACCCGAGAGUUCUUCUCAGUAGAAGAUAAAGAAAUAUAGAAACAUCUAUAUUUCGUUCUUUAAAAUCCAAUUUUAUCAGGGGAAUUAAGUACACUCUCAGAAAAAAAGAUACAAAAGUUAUCACUGGGACAGUACCUUUCCAAAAGGUAUACUUUCGUACCUUAUUUACCCCUAAAAGGUGGAUAUUAGUAUCUUUUAAAAGGGUACCACUUAAUUGACAACACUGAGAUUGUGUAAUAUAUAAGAAAGAAGCAGGAUUCCAUAUGCAAAAUGACUGCUGAAAAAAGCUGUUUUUUACACCUGAAGAGGUAUUCUAGGUACCGUAUUCUAACAAAGUACAAAUAAUUAGGCUACUUGUGAGUUUUAGGAUAUGUCUGCUUUGAUUGAAUAUCUAUGUUUAUAUAAUGUUUUACUUUCCUUGUUUUGAGGAGAAAAUUAAUACUUUUACUCUGACAUUUCUCCAGACUGUUAUAUUCAGGACUGCAAAUCACCCAAAAAAUAAUGUUUCAUUAGCCAUAUCUGAAUCAUUUGACUUGAGUUGAAUCUUGAUUGUUUUAGUUCUUUUGAAUCAAAAGAAUGUUUCGCAAAAGCCUCAGUUAGUACAUCCGCAAAUCACAAAUCUCAAUCGCAAGACAAGCACACUGGACUUUGUGAAAUGAAUUUUUUACAGAGAUAUGUUCAUGUAAACUUUUAUGUGUCUCAGGAUAUAAAUAAUUUUUUUAUAACUUAUGCUCGUUGUGAAAUGCUGAUGAAGUUGUUUGCGAUAAAAUUUGACAGAGCUCUUCUGCAUUUUCCAGAACUACUCGUAUUAGUAACACCUAAUACCACCUUCAAAAGUCAAAUACUAAUAAAAUUCUGUACCAUUUACAUUUA